CCCCGGCUCCCGAAAAUGAAAGCGGACACAACCCGCGCCGGGCCGACCCUCCGCCCGCGCCGUGACGGGCAGGCCGCAGGCGAGGGGGUUGUCAGGGCCGGCGCCGGCGGGGCGGGCCGGGGGACGCGUCCCGGGCCGCGCGGGGCUGCCGAGGCCGCGCCGUGCCCCAUGUCGCCGGGCCGCCGGUGGCUGCCGAGCCGGCAGUGGCUGCCGAGCCGGCAGAGCUCCCGGCGGUACCUGCUGGCCGCGCUGGCGGCGCUCGCCGGCCUGGCGGCGCUCACAGGGCUCGUUGCGGUCUUCUACUUUGAAGUACGGGGGCCAAAAAUGUGUCAUAAGAAGCUGGAAAACUACGUGGCAGCAAUGGUGCUGAGCGCAAUCGCUGACACGCUGGGCUAUAACAAUGGGAAGUGGGAGUUCGAGCAGAAUGGCCCAGCCAUCCACAGGGAGCUGGAAGAGUUGGGGGGGCUCGGCAACUUGAGCAUCGAAGGAUGGAGAGUCAGCGAUGACACAGUGAUGCACUUGGCCACGGCCGAAGCCCUCGUAGCUGCCGGAGAUAACCCCAGGUUACAGGAUCUCUACUCUCUGCUUGCAAAGAACUACAAGGAGUGCAUGAAUGACAUGGAGGGCAGAGCUCCAGGUACCACGUCUAUGGAAGGCACAAUGAAGCUGCAGCCGGACCAGCCGAACGGCUGGAGGAUCCCGUUCAGCCCGCGGGCGGGAGGCUGCGGGGGUGCCAUGCGCGCCAUGUGCAUCGGGCUGCGCUUCUGCCACCGCGAGGAGCGGCACACCCUGCUGAGAGUCAGCAUCGAGAGCGGCCGCAUGACCCACCACCACCCCACGGGCUACCUGGGGGCCCUGGCCUCAGCCCUCUUCACGGCCUACGCGGUGAACGGCGUGCCCCCCAAGGCCUGGGGCAAGGGGCUGAUGGACAUGCUGCCGCUGGCGAAAACUUACGUGCAGAACAGCGGCUUCUACGUGAAGGAGAACAUGGAGCACUGGUACUACUUUGAAGAUUCGUGGAAAAGAUACCUGGUGGAGAGGGGCAUAUCAGACGGGGUCUCGUUGCCCACCUUCCCUGCCAAGUACGGCGUGGAAGAGAGGGAGACCUUCUACACGUCGCUGAGCUACAACGGCUGGGCGGGCAGCAGCGGGCACGACGCCCCCAUGAUUGCCUACGACGCGCUGCUGGGCGCGGGCGACUCCUGGAAUGAGCUGGCUCUCCGCGCCUUCUUCCACGGGGGCGACAGCGACUCCACUGCCGCCAUCGCGGCCUGCUGGUGGGGGGUCAUACACGGCUUCAAGGGGGUUCCCAUGUCCCUCUACGCCCACCUGGAGUACAAGGACCGCCUGGAGAAGGUAGCCAGGGGCUUGUACGAUCUCGUCUAGGCGGGGGCGGCACGGGCGCGCUUACCCCCUGCCCCUCCUCGCUCGCUCUGCAGACCCGCUGGAUUAAAGCUUGUGAGCCUUUUCUCUCUG